AAAGGCACAAGCCUCCAAAACCUCACCUCACGCCCUCACCGCCCCGAGCACGCAUCCCCGGACGCCGUCCGUCACCGCCGCCGUCAGUGGAGGGGCCCGCCCGUCGUCUCGGCGAUUUCGAUUGCUCCCAGCCGCUCUUUUUCUCUACUCCCUCUGUUUGCGUGUGCGGCGCCUUUGCGCUCCCAUCACUCCAUCACCCGCCCGCCCGCCCGCCCGCCCGCAGCACGCGUGCGCACUCGGCUCGCCGCGUCGGGCCGCCGCCGGAGCGAAACCCUAGGAUCAGGGGCGCCGUCGCUCGAGCCCAUGACGUCCUGCGGGUGCCUGGUGCUCGAGAAGGUGGAGGACCACGGCGGCGGCGAGGCGGCGGCGCGCGGGAGGGUAGUGAAGGUGGCGCCUGGCGCCGGCUCCGGGUGCGGCGGAUCGUGCGCGGGGGCGUGGAGGAGCCGGUCCGAGGCCAUUUUCCCCAUCUACGUCAUGGGGAGCUCGCGGGCGAGCACCGUCGCGGCGGCGCGGGGCUUAGUCGACUCCCCCGGGGACCCCAUAUGGGAGGCCGUCAAGUCGGAGGCCAAGUCUGAGUCUGAGAAGGAGCCUAUUUUAAGUAGCUUCUUGUACGCCAGUGUGCUGUCUCAUGAUUGUCUGGAGCGAGCGUUGAGCUUCGUCCUUGCAAACAGGCUUGAAGAUCCAACAUUGCUUGCUACUCAGCUGAUCGAUAUUUUUAAUGAUGUUAUGAUGAAUAACAAAGAUAUAUGUCGUUCCAUUCGCCUUGAUGCUCAGGCCUUCAAAGACAGAGAUCCAGCCUGUGCGCAAUAUAGUUGGGCAUUGUUAUACCUAAAGGGUUACCAGUCCUUGCAAUCCUAUAGGAUAGCUAAUGUAUUAUGGAACCAGGGACGUAAAGUUUUGGCUUUGGCACUGCAAAGCCGUAUUAGUGAGGUCUUUGCUGUGGAUAUACAUCCAGCUGCCAAAAUUGGUGAGGGAAUAUUGUUGGAUCAUGGAACAGGCCUAGUCAUUGGUGAAACUGCUGUAGUUGGAAAUUGGGUUUCAUUAAUGCAGGGUGUUACACUUGGGGGUACAGGCAAGGAACAUGGAGACAGGCACCCCAAGAUUGGUCAGGGAGCUCUCAUUGGAGCUGGUGCUACUAUCCUUGGCAACAUAAAUGUAGGUGAAGGUGCCAUGAUUGCUGCUGGAUCCCUUGUUUUAAAGAAUGUGCCUCCCCACAGUAUGGCUGUAGGUAAUCCCGCAAAGGUGGUUGGUUACAUGGAGAAAGAAGAUCCUUCUUUAACUAUGAAACAUGAUGCAAGAAAAGAUUAUUUUGAGCAUGUUGCCAUCAGAUACUCAGAUGAUUGAUACAGCUAAUGGUGACUCUUCUUUCUAUUUAUCAGUGGAAUUGUUGUUGAGUGAAAAAAGGGAUUUCGUCGUAUUAUUUGCAUGGAGUUCUGAAGUAAAAAGUUUGUCGAAAUGCGAUGAAGCAACCAAAUGCCAUUUUGGACGUUUCGUCAUUGGCACUAGGCUGGAUAAGUUGAUGAGCUUUUGAGUGCUCCUCUUUCUGCCCAGGCAACCAAAUGAAGAUUGAAACGGGUCACCCAGGGCUCCCAAAUAUGCCAGUUAAUAGUUUUCUUGUACCCUUAAUCUGCUGUAAUAACGUGAAACGUUGUUGACAAACGUGGUAGGACUAGGAACGGUUUGUUUCUCAGAGUAUGUAGAGAUCUAUAAGAUCAAACAUAUACAGCAGUCUAGACCUGGAGUAUGUUGGCUAGCUUUCAUGAAGCUGAAGUUACAUUCAGUGGUGUGGUAGAAACAGUAGGAUUGUGUCUAUGCAAGUGCAUCCGAGAAUCCUGCUUCAGUGCUCAUCUUUUAUAUAGAUAAUCAUAGAAGGCCCCAUAUCUUACAACACAAGGAGUUAGCACUGACCAAGUCUUUUUUUUAUUAUUAUCUGACGGCCCAGUCAGUGUUAAGCUGGGAAUUUCAGCUAUCUUUGCAGAAACUGAACUGCCUUUAAUGCGAAACAUCUUUGAUCC